GAAACUGAAUUUACUAGAAUAACAAAGUAAUCUUCCCUGUUGUGCUUAACAUUGGAGAUUUAAAACAAAAGAGCACACAGCAUGGAUGAGUUCCCUGAUCUUACAAGUGGUAACACCCUUGUGGGAAUUGUUGCUGCUGUUAAGGAAGGCGAUGUCAGAAAAUUCCUUCAGGAGUCUCUGAUGUUUUCAUCAGCCACGCCAGGUUGUUCUUCACUGACAGCAUAAGAGAACUGGUUCAUUUUAGCAGCUAGUCACUAAGAGAGGUCGAGCCGUCUGAUGCAGGCUGUUAAGUGUGUGCUGGUGGGGGACGGGGCUGUGGGUAAGACAUGCCUGCUCAUCACCUACACCACCAAUUCCUUCCCUGUAGAAUACAUCCCUACAGUCUUUGAUAACUACUCUGCUACUGUGAUGAUGAAAGGGAAACCGUUGAACCUGAGUCUAUGGGACACAGCAGGACAGGAGGACUAUGACAGGCUAAGACCCCUGUCCUACCCACAUACGGAUGUUUUUUUGGUUUGCUUUUCACUAGUGAGUCCAGCAUCAUUUGAAAAUGUCCGUUGCAAGUGGUAUGAUGAGGUAAAACACUACUGUCCUAAUACACCUAUAGUCCUGGUGGGCACCAAGCUGGACCUGAGAGAGGACCAGGAAAUGGUCAAAGAGAAGAAACUCUCUCCCAUCACAUCUGCUCAGGGCGAAGCCAUGGCUAAAGAAAUAGGUGCAGUGAAAUACCUGGAGUGCUCAGCGCUGAGGCAGAAAGGCCUUAAAACGGUGUUUUACCAAGCGAUCAUGGCGGCUUUGAGCCCACACCCAACUGAAGAGAAGAAGAAAAUUUGCACCUUUUUAUAACGGGGGUCCACAGGGCCCCGAAGACCUGUUAGCGGUCAGAUCCCGGCCCAUUGGACGUUUGCAGGCUGGAAUUCCACCUUUUGAUUCUCCAUGAGAAGAAGACAUGGACAUGAAGCAUUUGCAACUUUCCUGGGGAGAACGUGAGGAUG